AUGGAAGUUGAUGCUUUGGAUCCAGAGAAGUUAAUACAAUGUCCAUAUGAUCGCUAUCAUCAAAUCCGAGCCUGUUGGUUUCCCUAUCAUCUUAUAAAGUGCAGGAAGAACCACCCUGAUAUUGCACAGCAGCUAGCCACAUGCCCCUUUAAUGCCAGCCAUCAGGUUCCCAGAGCUGAGAUCAGACAUCAUAUAUCAAGCUGUGAUGACAAAAGCUGCAUUGAGCAAGACAUUGUGAGUCAGUCGAAUAACUGCCACAGAGAGAUGAACACUGUCAGCAUGUGGCAGCCGUCUCCAUGUGACGAAGACUGGGAUAAAGAGCUACAGGAGCAAUCAGAUUCUGUGUCUGUUUGGGGCACGUUCAAUAGUGGCAUAAACAACAGCCCUGGGUCCAGCGUAGUGAUGGAACUAAAGAAUAACCUAAUGCCAGGCAUGAGAGCACCCAGGUCCUUGCAAUAUAGCCUAUCCUGGAAAAGCACAGCGGCAGCCCGGGGAAUGACUCUGCUGCAGUUGAGACGCCGCUCUGCUCCGGGGGGUGCGCGGGGACGCCAGCCGCUGAUGUCUCUGUGCGCUGAAGUUGGUCCAGUGGAGCAGGGAGGCGAGGAUGACGCCGGGCUCUCCCUUGCGGAGGGGGCUGAGGGAGUGGCAGGACCAGGAGGCAAAGGAGAGACUUUGAGUUAUUGCCCCCCUUCCCGUGCUUAACCCCCUCCCCUCUUUCUUCUUUCUCUCUCUGUGAAUUAUCACUAAUUCAAAAUAGUAGUGUGCAAGUGGACUGGAUAAUGGUAAUAGCGUAAUCUCUUGUUGUAACAUUCUAAACCCUACUACCUGAUUUUUAUAUUAAACACUUACUAUACAUCAUACAAUAAAUCCGACAGUAACAAAACCUAGGAAAACUUUAUUCUUUCUGUGUCUUAUUUAAAGUUUUCCAGUAAUCUCCUCUUGCUUCAGAAUGCCUCAUGCAUCACCCAUACUGUUUGCAAUAGGAUUCAGCCUGUGGCUUGGCUGCUGACUCUUCACUGCUUCCUGAAGAGCUGGGAGCUCAAUAAUAAUCUCAGACAGAUACUAUAUCCAGAAGCACAACUCUGUAUAUGGGGAGAGAGGGGGGAAUUAUUGACCUUGUGCAUAUGUAAUGGUGUUUGGUGUUUGUAAGACAAGGUAUAAUAAUCACACUUCCGAAUUGCAAUGAACUGUGGAGAAGUUCCUGUUUGGUGUGAGAGAUGUUACCUAUACCUAGAUGCACUCCCCUUCCCCACCCCCAGCCCUAUGCAUGCUGGCUUGGGACUAUCACUGCUGUAGUGUCAACUUUUAGAGAGCUUCACAUGCACCUCUUCUAGUAUUACAGUAAGUUAAAACAAGCUACAGUACAUUGGGACACUAAUACUCUAUUACAGUGUUUGCAUUAGCAUAUUAAAAGCAAUAACACUUAACAGACCAGUGUAUCCAGGACAUAACUAGCACACUUCCCCCACUGAUACCUAGUAGUUGCACUGUUAUCUCCCAUAGCUACUUACAUUGAAGC